AUGUAAUUUCUAUAAUACCCUCCAGAUAAGAAAAUUUAGAAUUAUCAAUUUAGUUUCAAAGCCAAAUUAGGAAAAGGUGCCUAUGGUACUGUUUAUGCUGGCAGAAACAUUGUAGAUAGUAAUUUAUAAUUGUUAUCAAUUACAGAUAGGAUUGUAGCAUUAAAGAUUGUAGAUAAGAAAAUAUUACAAACAGACUAUGCAAAUUAACUCAUUGCUUCAGAAAUUGAAAUAAUGAAAUUGAUUGAAGAUAAGAAUAUUGUUCGAUUAAUUGAUGUUUUAUAAAGUGUCAAUAACACUUACAUCAUUACUGAGUUUUGUAAUGGUGGUGAUCUAAGAGAAUAUCUUAAAAAGAGAAAGUAUAAGAUAAUCCACUAUAUUAGGUCAAUCCCAGAAAAUGAUGCAAUUAAUGUUUUAAAGGAUUUACUACAUGGCAUUAAAGCAUUACUAAAAAUAGGAAUCAUACAUAGAGAUAUUAAACCUGCUAAUAUAAUGAUCCAUGAUGGUCUAUUCAAAAUUACAGAUUUUGGAUUUGCCAAAUAAGUUGAUUCUCAUAUUGAUACCAUUAUGAAUUCAUUAGUAGGUACACCACUUUAUAUGAGUCCAUAAAUCUUAAAAAGAUAAUCUUAUACAUCUAAAUGCGAUAUCUGGUCUUUAGGUCUCAUAUUUUAUGAAUUGAUUUAUGGAAUCACUCCUUGGCAUUCUCAAAAUCUUGUUGAAUUAAUGGCCAAAUUAGAUACCAAAGUAUAUAUUAUAUUUUAUUCCAAUAGCCUUUAGAAUUUCCCCCUUAUCCCAAAGUUACAGAAUAAACUAUCAAAAUUAUAAAAGGUUGUUUACAAAUCAAUGAAGAAAAAAGAAUCUCUUGGGAUUAACUCUUUUCAUUAUCAGGAAUGCAAGAAAAUACCAUACUACCUGAAAUUACUCCAGUUUUACCAUUAAUCCAAAAAAAUACAUAAUCAUAAUAUCAAAGUCAAUAAUAAGAAUCUACUUAAAUUAAAUAAAAUCUAAGCUUCUUGGAAAUCAAACCUCACUAAAGAGUCAAGUAAAGAACUGAAAGUAUGGGCACUUAUCAUUUUCCAAAUAGACAUAAUAGAAGUAUGAGUAAUGCAACUCCUACUAAUGAUGCAGAUAAAUCAAAUGAAAGAUAAAAACCUAAAUUUUAUACCAAAACUAAAAUCUCUUAUUUACAACCUGAUAAUCGAAAAAUUACUCCUUAAAGAAAUAUUACUGCUUAUACAUAAGAAUCAGAAAGAGAUAGAAAUAGUUCCUUUGUUAAAUUUACAACACAAAGAAUUGAACUUAUCAAAUUCUUAGAAAAUGCUCAAACUCCACCUCUACCAAAUAAAAAAUAUUCUACAAAUAAUAAUGAUUCAUUUAGAACUCCUAGUAAUUUGUAAUCUAAUUCAACUAAUGCAUCAAAUAGAAAUGUUCAUGAAUAAGAAAAUUCAUCAAAAAUAGCUAAAGUCAAUGAAUUUCAAAUUGAAGAAAAAUCUAGAGAACCACUUAAUUAUAUCAUAGCAAAUGGUUAUUUUAAUACAAGUUCAAAUUUAAGAUUAAAAAGAACAUUUAGCAAUCAUUUCUAAGAUAAUGCCUUAUCUCCUAUAAGUCAAUAAAAAAAUAGUAUCUUAUAAUUAAUGAAAAUUAUUCAAAUUUAAUUUGAUCUCAUUCCUAAUCAUAUAACAAUAAAAAAAGAUAUUGAAUCUUUACUAAAUUAACAUAAGAUUACAAUUAAUAAUGUGAGAGAAUAACUUUAUACUCCAUAAGAUAUUAAAGAAUUGAAAACUAUUAUUAAUUGCCUUGUAGAUUAUUUAAAUAAUAAUCCCUAAGAUAAUUUUGUAACAUAACUAUCUGUUAUGUUACUUUUAUUGCUUAAUUAUAAUUAAAUCAUACUUUACAAUGUAUAAACUAAAUCAUUACAAUUAUCAAAAUCCUUGAUUGAUUAAAUCAAUAAAAACUAAAAUUUGCAAUAACAACAAUUAUUAUUAAGUCCAGAAAUCUUAAGAGAGGAAAUCAAAAAAUUACUUAAAUGA